UAUUUUUUGGUGUUUCCUGGAAAUAUUUUCACUUGGAAACGUCGCAUGAAUCUAAAUUUCGGACGGAAAGAUCGACUCAACCAGGAAAUGGUUUCUUCUCUCACUGCGUCUCUGUUCCUGCUGUGUGUGCUUUUCUGGCAGUUUGUUUCUGCUGCAGAACAGACCAACAUCAGAGCCUCAGCAGGAGAGGACGUCACUCUGCCAUGCAGCGACCCUGACAAUAACCCCAUCCAGGUGGUAGAGUGGAGCAGACCCGGCCUGGGGGCGAAAUUCGUCCUCCUGUUCAAAGACGGGAAGAUGGAUGAAGAUAAGCAGCAUCCGUCUUUCAAGGACCGGGUGGAACUGCUGGAUUCUACGAUGACGGGUGGAGACGUGUCUUUGGUUCUGAAGAAAGUGAAGGGCAACGAUACGGGACUAUUUGAGUGUCGAGUCAUUCAGACGGUCCACGGGGAGGAACUCAGGAGGAAGGUCUACCUGGAUGUAAUAGAGCCGUUUCCUGCCUGGGUCAUCGUUCUGCUGGUUCUGCUCAGUGUGAGUCUGACCGCUGCUACUGUCCUGGUGUAUAAGUACAGACACUACUUCAGCUCAACCCUGCCGGCCCGUCAGCAUGAGGAGGAUGACUACGAUGAUGAAGAUGAUGUCAGGAAGAUGAACUCAGAGGAUUAACAUCAUAAACAUUUCUGGAC